GGCCCGCCUCCGCCGCAGUCCUUGGCGCCAGAGACGCCGCAGCAUCCUCGGCGGUAGUGUUCUCAUCCGUCGUCCUCUGCUUCUUCUGGCGCCAUGGCGAAGCCGUUGACGGACAGUGAGAGGCAGAAGCAGAUCAGUGUGCGUGGUCUCGCGGGCCUGGGCGACGUGGCCGAGGUGCGGAAGAGCUUCAACAGGCACCUGCACUUCACGCUGGUCAAGGACCGCAAUGUGGCCACGCCCCGCGACUAUUUUUUCGCUCUGGCACACACCGUGCGCGACCACCUAGUGGGCCGCUGGAUCCGCACGCAGCAGCACUACUAUGAGCGUGACCCCAAGCGCAUCUAUUACCUUUCCCUGGAGUUCUACAUGGGCCGCACGCUGCAGAACACCAUGGUGAACCUGGGCCUUCAGACUGCAUGUGAUGAAGCCACUUACCAGUUGGGACUGGACUUGGAAGAGCUGGAGGAAAUAGAGGAGGAUGCUGGCCUUGGGAAUGGUGGCCUGGGGAGGCUGGCAGCCUGCUUCCUUGAUUCGAUGGCCACCUUGGGUCUAGCUGCGUAUGGCUAUGGAAUCCGCUAUGAAUUUGGGAUUUUCAACCAGAAGAUUGUCAAUGGCUGGCAGGUUGAAGAGGCAGAUGACUGGCUGCGCUACGGAAACCCGUGGGAGAAAGCGCGGCCAGAGUACAUGCUGCCGGUGCACUUCUACGGGAGGGUGGAACACACCCCCGAUGGUGUGCUGUGGCUGGACACACAGGUGGUACUCGCCAUGCCUUAUGAUACCCCAGUGCCUGGGUAUAAGAACAAUACCGUCAACACCAUGAGGCUCUGGUCUGCCAAGGCGCCCAAUGACUUCAAGCUGAAAGAUUUCAAUGUUGGGGACUACAUUGAAGCUGUCCUGGACAGGAACUUGGCUGAGAACAUCUCCAGGGUCCUGUAUCCCAAUGACAAUUUCUUCGAGGGGAAGGAGCUGCGGCUGAAGCAGGAGUACUUUGUGGUGGCUGCCACGCUCCAGGACAUCAUCCGAAGGUUCAAGUCCUCCAGGUUCGGCUGCCGGGACCCAGUGAGAACCUGUUUCGAUACAUUCCCAGACAAGGUAGCCAUCCAGCUGAAUGACACCCACCCUGCGCUCUCCAUUCCUGAGCUCAUGCGGAUCCUGGUGGAUGUAGAGAAGGUAGAUUGGGAUAAGGCCUGGGAGAUCACCAAGAAGACCUGUGCGUACACCAACCAUACUGUGCUGCCUGAGGCCUUGGAGCGCUGGCCAGUGUCCAUGUUUGAGAAGCUGCUGCCACGGCACCUGGAAAUCAUCUAUGCCAUCAACCAGCGGCACUUGGAUCACGUGGCUGCCCUGUUUCCUGGGGAUGUGGACCGCUUGAGGAGGAUGUCUGUGAUUGAGGAAGGGGACUGCAAGAGAAUCAACAUGGCACACCUGUGUGUGAUUGGGUCCCAUGCUGUGAACGGUGUGGCAAAGAUUCACUCCGAGAUUGUGAAGCAGUCUGUCUUUAAGGACUUUUAUGAGCUGGAGCCAGAGAAGUUCCAGAAUAAGACCAAUGGCAUCACACCCCGACGGUGGCUGCUGCUGUGUAACCCGGGGCUGGCAGACAUCAUUGUGGAGAGAAUCGGGGAAGGUUUCCUGACUGACCUGAGUCAACUGAAGAAGCUUCUGUCACUGGUCGAUGAUGAGGCGUUCAUCAGAGACAUAGCCAAGGUCAAGCAGGAAAACAAGCUAAAGUUCUCUGCCCAGCUGGAGAAGGAGUAUAAGGUGAAGAUCAACCCUGCUUCCAUGUUCGAUGUGCAUGUGAAGAGGAUCCACGAGUACAAGCGACAGCUGCUCAACUGCCUACACAUCAUUACGCUGUACAACCGAAUAAAGAAGGAUCCAGCCAAGGCCUUUGUGCCCAGGACUAUUAUGAUCGGGGGUAAGGCAGCCCCUGGUUACCACAUGGCUAAGAUGAUCAUCAAGCUGGUUACAUCUAUUGGAGAUGUCGUCAAUCAUGAUCCAGUUGUGGGUGACAGGCUCAAAGUGAUCUUCCUGGAGAACUAUCGGGUGUCUUUAGCUGAGAAAGUGAUUCCAGCUGCUGACCUGUCACAGCAGAUCUCCACGGCAGGCACUGAAGCCUCAGGCACAGGCAACAUGAAGUUCAUGCUCAAUGGGGCUCUCACCAUUGGCACCAUGGAUGGUGCCAACGUGGAGAUGGCUGAGGAAGCCGGGGAGGAGAACCUCUUCAUCUUUGGCAUGCGGGUGGAGGAUGUCGAGGCCCUGGACCAGAAAGGGUACAAUGCCAGAGAAUUCUACGAGCGCCUGCCUGAGCUGAGGCAGGCUGUGGAUCAAAUCAGCAGUGGCUUCUUUUCUCCCAAAGAUCCAGACUGCUUCAAGGAUGUGGUCAACAUGCUGCUGCACCAUGACAGGUUCAAGGUGUUCGCAGACUAUGAAGCCUACAUCCAGUGCCAGGCUCAGGUGGACCGUCUAUACCAGAAUUCCAAGGAGUGGACUAAGAAGGUGAUCAGGAAUAUUGCCUGCUCCGGCAAGUUCUCAAGUGACCGGACCAUCACUGAGUAUGCACGAGAAAUCUGGGGCGUAGAGCCCUCCGACAUGCAGAUCCCACCCCCCAACCUUCCCAAGGACUAAUUACCCUAUACAGUCAGACCAGUGGCUUGCUUGGUGACUCUGUUCAUGCCAGUCUUCAGGCACUGCAAGCAGCUGCUGGUCCCUACUAUCUGAAGUGCUGUUUCCAGGAGGGGCCAUGGGAAUGGUUUUGAGGGCCUGGAUAAGGAAGAAGUGUGUGGCAUCUUUCUGGUUUCUUGCAAAAGAACUCUUGGAGAGUUCACAGUACAGAUGGGCAGAGGUGGUCCUGACAGCUUCAGCCCAUCAUCCCCACAGAGGAUGAGCUGGGAAUGGCUCAUAGCUGAGUGAGCUUGUCUUUAGCUUUGAACCUUUAGAUUUGGGGUCUGAGUAAUGAUCUGUGAUGAAGCUGGUAUUCCUGUGUGUUCUGCUAGUACCUGGGUCACUAGCAGUCAGAUACAGCCGAGCCCAGUGUAUGGUCUCGUUGGCCCUGCUGGGUGGAAUCAUUUCUUCAGGUUUUAUGCUCAGCUUUUAUCCUCUGCCCUUGACUGUACUGGGUGUAUGGGUUGUUGACCCAUAUAGGCCAUGCUUCUGUAGCCAUCUAUGGAACCAUGUGGGUGUCUUGUCUGGAGACACAGAGGGACCUUUAUCCCAUACUUGAGGCAAUUUUGUAGAGGGUAGGCUGUUUUUUGCUUUUUCAACAGGAAAUAACACUUCAUGAGGAAUUGAAACUAGCCAAAGCCUUCCUUUUUAGUAAGUAAACAUUGUACUAGCUCAGUUUGGUGUCGAGAGUUGGCUACUUUAGGGAUAUUCUGCCUGGCUGAUGACUCAGCUGCCUGUCCUGCAGUGGGGCCUAAUUUCCACUCUGCUACAAAAACCUGGUGAGAAAGGUUGAGCACCCCUACUGCAGGAGCAGUACCCCUAUCUGAGGGCAGAGUCUGCAUAAGUGCUGACCAAAGGAGAGUGGGCUGUCAGACACUACAGAGGCCUGUCCUUCCAGAGGCUUCUACCACCUUGCAUUGCUGUAUCCUGGUUGGGCAGGGGACCCUCUCUCACUUUCCUCAUUCUAGUACUUCCAACAUGGGAAGUGUUGGCUUUCAGCACUCGAUUCACCGGAGCCACUGUGGUCACUUGUGGGGGUUCUAGGGCUGGCCAUCUGUUGCCAUGUGCAUGAGGUCUCUUGAAGUCACAUACAUGACCACCGUCCUACUACCUGCUAUUACCUCCUUGUGUGAAAAGUGGAUUAAACUUCUAUGCCCACGGUU